AUGGUGCGACUACCACCAAUAGUACAGGGGUCCCAAGCGGAUGGUAUCCAACGUCGUCAGUCUGUUGCAACUGCACCGGCUGCGAGAAGCGCGGCCCGUCGUGGCAGCAUACGUUUCAAGAAAUCACUUAUUUACUGGAAACUUUUUGGUGCUUCAGCUCCUCUGUAUUGUGGUCCACUGGGUGAAGUGGUUGGUGAAGUUGAAGAGGGUACAGUUAUACGUGAAACUCGCCGGUACAGGGAUCCAUUUGGGAAUUGGUGGGUGGCUUCGCGCUCAGUAGAUGAUUCGCUGUUGUGGUUACUGUUCUCAUCGCCGCCUUCCUCAGAUGGUGAAGUUGGUCAGUGGCGCAGGGUAUACGACCAGCAGGACCAAGAUAUACCAAGCAGUCCCCGCACUGAGGAGGUUGCCGUACUUGGCAGUUAUUCCAUUCCACCUGAAGUGAGCACAAAGGAGCUUCCUUCACUGGAUGAUGUACAUCAGUUCAUUCGUGUUUUGGGUAAAUCUUGGCGAGCGAUGACUUCGAAUCCCGCGGCGCAUACGCGCGAUUGGAACACACAGUACCAACAGUUGGUGGAGCAGAACCUUUUUGCAGAGCGAGAGGCGAGCACUUCGGCCAGAGAUCAGCUUCGUUGCUUUAUGGAGGAGUUCAAAGCAGCUGCUGAGGAGGCGGCACUGGGCGUUGUAGCAGAGUUAGUACUUCCAGCAGAGUUACGAUCAGGAAGGGGAGUCACCGGGGAACGAAACUACUUCGCACGUAAUGGCCUCCUCGUUCGAGUUAUGCUGGAUGACUGCGACGACGAAGAGAACAAAGGCAGUGAACAAGCGUGGCAGGUUGCCACACAGUUUUUUCUUGCGCAGCAAGUGUUAUCGUUAGAGGCACCAAAGCAACUGUUUCACACCCUUCCGACGGCGCUCGUUACAUUUUGUGGCGUCCGGGUUUGUGUUUUCGCUAUUGCGCCGAUUGAAUUGCAGAACGUUGUGUACUUACCGAUACAGGAACUCGAGCGCGGAAACUUGGAAACACCUAACUUUGUCCAGAGGCGACUUGGUGAACUCGGCGCUGCAAUAUCAUUGAAGGGACAUGUCCUCAAAGGGGCUGAGGGAAAAAGUGUUGAUGUGGCAAUGUCCGCUGAUGUCGCUCUGAUUAAAGGAUAUGAUAAGCGACUCUAUAUCAUAGGUUCCGGUCGCCUGCUUCCAGAGCUUGCGCUUCUCGGUAAUGAAGAAAACAUGAAGGACCCCACCAAAUGUAAUCUGUGGGAUGAUACCUUGACGACUUUACGUUUUCGACCAGAGUUCCUUCUUAGGUGGAGUGCUCCACUGAACCCGGAUGCCUUCGUGGAAUCCACUGCAACCCCGGAGGAUAACGCCACCAUCGUUGAGGCCACGGAAUACAUACGAGCGAAGUUAAUACCAACGGUGGCAGCGAUGGUAGGUUUACAUGAACCCAUCGACAUACCACGCCAGGAUGCCGUAGAGUGUACUUUAUGUGGUAAUACCCUAACAAAUGAGCUGCGGUUUGUCGUGUGUCGGAGCAAUGAAAAGUGUUGCCAUAUAUGCUCCCAUUGCUACGCCAGGCGACUGUCCGAGCAAGGAGACUCGACUCGUGAUAUUUUCUGUGAUGCCGUUAAGUGUGGUGCAGGCUUUCGUGGACCCAAAGGUCUACUGAUGCAGCCCUCGCUAUCGUCAAUUUUUCAUGCGAAUGGACUGAAUAUGCGGUUUUUGCCUUUUGUAUAUCAUGCCAUACCGGCGGGUGCAAAACCCGUUGUGGGACACUACUGUGAAAUUGAAAUGGUUGCGCGGGCAGCGGUCCGCGUGUUCCGCAAUAAGUUACGCUCUACUUCGCAAGUCAUAGACGAGGUGAGGCAGAUCUCCCAGGACCUCUUUUUAGGGCUCUUGCAAUCGUCUGGUCACGUGCCAGAGCGGUUCUGGGCAGACGAAAUCGGCCCCACUAUAGAGAAAAUGUAUGGGCCACUAGAGCCAUUCAAUACAGAAAAGAUGGAUGUUGAGCUUUUGUACCAUCGCGUAGCGGACCUCUCUGGUAUUGUGCUCAGCAGUUCAAGCGUAGAGUCGCUAUAUGGUGAAGAGCGACCGUUUCUUCAGUUGGAAAGUGUUGAACCCGUUGUAAAAGUUGUGGUUCCCCCGUAUGUUGCAGAUGAAGAAGCACAGGAAGAACUCCGAAGGGGGCUAUACGACAGUUUGGGUGAGACACUGCUAUUUUGGAUUGGCGCCUUCACAGAUGGUGUGGAAGGAAGCACAAGUGGCGGCAAACUCCCCCACGAGCCAUUCUACCUUACUGAGCAACCAAUCUAA